GCCAUGGUGCUCGCCGCGCCCCCUUCCGCCAGACAGAGCGGCCUCCGCAACAGCCGCCAGGCGGACGCGGAGGAGCAGGACGACGAAGACAAGGAGGACGACGAGGAUGGUGGCGAGCUGGAGUCUUCCCCGCGGGACAACUUCCACGAGGACUCGGGCGAGUGCUCUUCCUACGCCGACCACGCCAUCAAAGUGGAGUGUCCGCCCUUCGCCAUCCCGCUGCCACCAGCCGAAAGUUUUAAACAAAUUAAUGCUCACACCAAUGCACCACCGUUAUUAUCUCAGGCUAAAAGAUCAAAAAAGCGACAUGCAAACUUAACGCUGGACAAAAUGAUGGAAAAAUUUUUGCAGCAGAGUAUGGAUACUGAAGAGAAGUUCUAUAAAUACGAAGAACAGCGACUUAAAAUUGAAGACAAACGGCGUGAAGCAGAGCAUGCCAGGGAGCUCCAGAUGUUGCAGAUGUUGGGACAGAUGUUGGCAGGAAUCUCUUCCACAGUAUCACAAAGGUCCCAGUUUGUACCAAGUAAUCCUUCACAAAGAUCAAAUCACCGAUCGUAUGGAGAUAAUUUUAACUAUAAUUCUAUGACAGCAACAUUAUCUCCACCCAUAGUCAUAGAGAGAUCUUUUUCAGUUCACAAAACACAUUCCAUAAAGGAAAUGGAAAAUAUAUUUCAAUUGGUGCGAAAUGUUAUUCCACCUUUAACUGCCAAAAAACAUAAAGGCCAAGAUGGACGAAUAGGAAUUGUUGGAGGAUGCCAAGAGUAUACAGGAGCACCAUAUUUUGCUGCAAUUUCUGCUCUCAAAGUGGGGGCAGACCUAUCACACGUAUUUUGUACCAAAGAUGCAGCAACUGUAAUAAAAUCUUACAGUCCAGAGCUUAUAGUCCAUCCAGUUCUUGAUAGCCCUGAUGCUGUGCGUGAAGUGGAAAGCUGGUUACCACGACUUCACUCAGUUGUCAUUGGACCAGGAUUGGGAAGAGAUGAUGUACUACUUGAACAUACCAAGGGCAUAAUAGAAAAAUCCAAGGUCAAAGGAAUUCCUAUUGUAAUUGAUGCUGAUGGUUUAUGGCUCAUUGCCCAACAGCCUUCUCUUAUUCAGGGUUAUCCUCGAGCUAUUCUUACUCCAAAUGCUAUGGAAUUUAGCAGGCUCUAUGAAGCUAUGCUUAGAGACCCUGUAGAUAACAGUGAUUAUCACGGAUGUCUGUUAAGGCUCAGCCAGGCCUUGGGGAAUUUGACAAUUGUUCAGAAAGGUGAACGAGACCUAAUUUCAGAUGGAGAAAAAGUGCUUGUAUGUAGCCAUGAAGGAAGCAGCAGGCGGUGUGGUGGACAAGGAGAUAUUCUCUCAGGGUCCCUCGGAGUCCUAGCGCACUGGGCCUUCCUUGCGGGGCCAGAAAAAACAAACGGUCAAAAUCCUUUUCUAGUGGCUGCAUUUGGAGCAUGUUCACUUACAAGGCAGUGCAACAACCAAGCCUUUCAGAAAUUUGGACGAUCUAUGACAGCCUCUGACAUGGUUUUAGAAAUCGGAACAGCCUUUAAUAAACUCUUUGAAACCUAAGACCAAAGCGGCAGAAGAGGAAGAAGAACUCUGGCAGCCACAGAAGUUACAGUAGGAUACCCUUGUAUAAUGCACCCCUUUUCAAGUGCUGUAGGCAGUAAUGGUAUACUAGGUAGUUUUUAUUUUUUAAAAUAAAAAGUGUAGGUAUUUUUAAAGGGUUUGGAAUAGUUUUUUUCCCCUUUUUCUUUUUUGGGCUGAGUAAGCUGUAGUUGCAGAUGUUAUAAUAUAAUAAAAUGAAACUGAAAGUA